AUGGAGAGGCACAAUAAGAUUAACAAAAGGAUUGUUCGAAGACAAAGGAUUCGUGAAAAUAUUCCACUUCGUGAUCUCCUCAGACUCGAUCGAAUCUUCAUCCCGAUCCUCCACACAGAAGCUCAACAACGAACACUACCUAACAUAACAGACAUCCCCGAAUACAAGGCCGAUAACCCCAACAUACUGAACAGCAACCAUGUCGCUCUAGCCUUGGCACUCGGCUCGUUGGACAUCAACAAUGCCCAAGCCAGGAUCCCAGAGGAAGAACUCGUCAACGCGCUGAAAAUUUGUAGCGCGUCACACGAUACUUCCGUUCAGAACAUCUUCGGAAAACGCGAUGUCGGCAUCAAGAGCCGUCAUCACGAAAUCAGCUACAAGUUUCCAGCAUACGAGCUGCUUCCGCCAGGCAUUCCAUUCGGUCCCAGGCACCCGCUACACCUUCAACACCGACUCAAGCCAAAAAUCAAGACCUUCAUGCUUGAGCGAGAAGCACUCGUUCUGACGUCCCGAAUACCAGCGAAACCAGCUGAGAGCGUGGAUUUCGCUCCAGCUGCUCAGCAGUCCCUCAGCAUAUUCGAGGCUGUACAAGCCUUGCAACAAUGUGCUGGGACCACCGAGAUGCAGAUCAUCAGAUACUUCGAGAAGAACGACUACAGUCGUCCCGUCUAUCGCUUUCGCUUGACCACCGUCUUCACGUCUGGGCAAGGUAAGUCGGCUAUUCAGCGCGAAGACUUCAAGUACGAGGAAAAGCUCUUUUUAGAACUUCUGCAGUACGUUGAGCUGAAGGAGAAAAAGCCCUGGGCGGCAGAUCUUCGCUCUCUGAUCUUUCGAGCUACUGAUCUUACCUUUUUGGUCGUAUCAAAGGCGAUGCUUACGCAAGACUUUGAAGCUGAAGCGAGAGAUAUUCAACAUCUUGAGAGUCGCUGGAACACUCAUCCUGCUGAGCCUUACCUCGAAGUUCUGAAUAGGCGAAUUGAGCGCAUCGAUCCACCUCUCGAGUUGGAUGAUAUUUCAUAUCAGACUGUCAAGGUUCUUGCGUGUGGACAUGAAUUCGAAGCGCGAAACCUCGAGCAAAUGACAGAGGAUGAUUGCAAACGAUUCAUCUGCGAGCGCUGCGAUGCACGCGUCAUGACUAGCAACGAUGACAUCCGCCUCUCAUACUUUGACGACCGCCUGGAGCGCGUCAAAUGGGAGGAGGAUGCCAAUGGGUACGCCACUCUGGAAACCCAGAUGCUGCCGCAUCAGUUCAGCCAGUUUCGCAUCUACAACAUCCAUUUUAAGCAGGCUUUGAACACAGCAUUACACUCGCUGGUGCUUCCAGCCUCCGUAAUGCAUCAGGCGCAAAACCCCGUUCAUGGCGCAGUGACCAAGGAGACUGACAUCAUCCUGCUCGCACUGAACAAGUACUUCCGCGCCGACUGGUUCGUCGUCACAGUCCAAACAGCGCCGACCAUUGCACUGCUCACACGCAUCGCAAUUGGCGCUUUGAAGGAGUAUCAUGGUGUCCCACGGGAGGACCAAAGCGACCGCAUCUUCAACAUCGCUCCUCUGAACUAUCGAUACUUCCUUCUGAAGUGGUUCACUAGAGCAGUAUUGCUCAUGAUCAGCGGCACCAUUAAUCUCGCGAAUCAGCAAGCCAAGAAGGACUAUUUCCAGAUGGUCAACUCGUUUGAUGGACUCUCGUCUGCAGAGCCUCCAGCUGGUGCUGCCGCUUUCUCUGGUCUGCCACGGUGUGAUAGAGGUCGAUCCAGAUCCCAUGGAGGAGUAGCCAUGAAGGUAAGUGAAGACACUUUGUCCGGCUUUGUGGAUCUCAAUUCCCUGGUUUACGUUUCGCCCAUUUUGAAUAAGAAGAAAAAGGGCCUGGUUAGUCGCAUCAACGCCAAUUCUCAACUUGCCCUAGGUAUCUCAGACACGCUAGUUGAUGACGACACUUGUACUGCGCUCGCACUUCGAACCGCACUGGAAACAUCAAGCUGGCAGGUUACGAACCAGUACGCACAUGGCAAGUGCUUUGAAAAGUAUGAGCCAGUUCGCGAACUCGCCUGCUCCACGACCGAUUCAAUAUAG